AUGUGCAAACACACCUACCAUCACUACCCCAGCUGCGGCCACAUCUCCAACUGGAGCAUGACCAGCUGCCAAGAAUACACCAACAAGCUCCGUCUGGCCGGUCCAGAGCGCAGCACCGCUUGUACGAACAUACAUGCCUCCCACGACCUGCUCCUCUCCGCGCAGCCGAGUAUGUGCGUGCAAUGCGAGAGCGACUGGGCCGAGAGUUUACGUCGCGAGAACCUCCCCAAGGUGUCCAGAGCUUAUCGGGUGAUCGAGGGCUUGGAUGUGUCAGGCAAUCUCAUUGAGAUUGAGGCGCGCAUGGUGAGUGGUUCCUAUGGUAGGGAUACAGGCCGUGCUGACUGCGCUACUCAGGUGUUCUUGGAUGAUGCCAAGGUGGACACCCGUGAACGCCUGGUGGAUGAGAAGGAAAAGGCCGGUGCUAUCUUGAAGUUGUCUCGUAGGAAUCCGAAGUCGGAGGAGAUUGCCGCUCGGAUUGUGGAUUGGACGGAGACGGUUUCUGCUUCAAUUAUUGAUGCGGACGUUAGCGGCUGUCAGCUUGUGGAGACUGACCUGCCGGACGUUGAAGAGACAUCGGAGACACAGAGUGGAAGUUGCAGUGAAUCAAGUGACUGUGGCUCGCUGUGUGGAUCUGCGCUGAUGAGAUAUCAUAUAAUCAAGCUUCGGGUUGACGAGUAUCUUCGACAGCGAGAGCUGGAAGAAGAGAUUCAGAGGGAUACCGACGUUGACAAGCACAACAGCGAGACAUUCGGUAUCGAUGAGUGUCCUCCUGCCGUAGAUGACUACCUUGAUACCCCAAAGAUCACAUCUAUAGACCAAACAGAAACCCAGAAUGAAGAACCCAACUCACCCUCUAUCAAUCAAACAGAAACCCAGGACGACGAACCCAACUCACCAAUCGACAUCGACCUCCUCCAGCAACGCAUCGAAGCAACCGUCCGCAAGCGCAUAGAAGAAAACAACACAAAGCAAACCCAUCAAACAGCCAUCUCCACCCACCUCGACGCAGCCCUCCUCCAAAAAGACCGCAUCUCACGCCUAGAACGCAACGCCGACCAAGGCAUCGAAGAAGACCCCCAUCUCUGGGCCACCGAGUCCGACACCGAUCCCAACCCUACCACCAACACCUCCCGCACCGCCACACGCAACCACGCCCUCCCCCAACCCAUCAUGCACCUCUACAUAGGCACCCUAACCGCCUCAACCGCCUUCGAAGCGCACACCCGCGGCCUGCGCAGCAUGCACCCAGGCCCAACCCCGGGCACGUGGGAAGGGUACAUGCGGGCAUUCUCGGCAUCGGACGCGAAACGCAUGGACCUGCAAGAUCCCGUGCACGUGCGCGGGUGCUGCGCGUCCCGACCCGCGCCCUUCCAUCUCUUCUAUGGACUGAUGCACGCGUCGUCGGAGUACGAAGCCGGGAGACGCUGGCUGGAGGAUAUUCGGCGGACUGGAAGGAAGGGGGAAUUUUACGGGCUUUUACGGGCGGAUGAUGAGGGUCAGGCGCGGGGGAUGGGAUUAUCGGAGAUUCGACAUCCGUGGGGGUGUUGUGUUGAAGGUGGGUUUGUGUUGCCUGAGAGGGUGAGACAUGUUUAUCGGGGGGUUAUGAGUGGUUCUAGGGAGGAGGUUGGGGGGAGGGGAUUUUGUGUUGAAGAGGAGGGGCAUGAGGGGGAGGGGGAGGGAGAGGAGGGGUUUUAUAGGGGGUUUGUAAAGGCGAGUAGUAAGUUGGAGGCUAUGCAGAUGGGAUUGAAGGAGGUUGAACAUGCUGAUGAUUGUGAUGUUUGCGUGACCGAGGUUGCAGGUGAGUUGUCGAUCUCGGUGCGGUAUUAUGGUUACAUGUACGCCAAGUCGGAGGAGGAAGUUGUCAAUAGGGGUUUACAGGGUGUUUUGCUUGUGCCGGGGUUCGAUAUCAAAUACUCGGGUUAUGUGCGGGCGAGCUCAGAGGAAGAGGCUAAGGCGAUGGGAUUGUUUGAACCUGCGCGUAUUGGGAGUGAUGAUAAGCCGGAUGGAUUUCUCGGUUCUUAA